UGCUUUUCAUAUGUCCCCAGCUAAAUCCAAAAGCCAAACCAAAAUCUCUCUCUCCCUCUUUCUCUCUCUCUCUACUAAGACUCGUCAGAUCAAAUCACACUCGCAGUAAAGGUCUCAAACCCUGUACAUUGCUUUGUUUGAGCCAGCCAUGGCGGAAAUCUGCACCAGGAAGCUCAUAGUGGAGGUCUGCAAUGCCAAGAACCUCAUGCCGAAGGACGGCCAAGGCACGGCCAGCGCCUACGCCAUUGUAGAUUUCGACGGCCAGCGGCGGCGCACUAAGACCAAGUUCAGAGACCUGAACCCCCAGUGGGACGAGAAGAUGGAGUUCCUGGUCCACGACAAGGAGUCCAUGGCCACCGAGAUCCUCGAGAUCAACCUCUACAACGACAAGAAGACUGGUAAGCGGAGCACCUUCCUGGGAAAAGUCAAGCUCGCCGGGACCACUUUUGUCCAAUCGGGAUCCGAGGCCCUGGUCUACUAUCCGUUGGAGAAGCGGAGCGUGUUCUCCCAGAUCAAGGGUGAGAUCGGGCUGAGGGUUUUUUACAUUGACGAGGAUCCUCCGGCGACCGAGGCCGCCGCAGAGCAGAAGCCAGAGGCGGAUCCUGCAGGUGCUAAGGCACCGGAGGAGAAGCCACCUGAGGACCCGAAACCGGAGGACAAGACAGAGGAGAAGGCUGAAGAGGCUAAGAAGGAAGAAGAGAAGCCCAAGGAAGAGGAGAAGCCGGGUCCUGCAGAGAACCUGAAGAAAGAAGAGUCUCCAGCUUCUGCGUUGCCUCCAGCGGAGGUGGAUAAUCCUCCGCUAGCACUUUCGGAGGAUUCGAAACAGAUUGCAAAGGAAAAGGCAGAGAAUGGAAAGCUCGCCAUCAAUGACCUUGAGCUCCAGUCGCUCUCCAGUGAUCGGAGUCGCAGCGCAUACGAUCUGGUCGAUCGAAUGCCGUUCCUCUAUGUCCGUGUCGUGAAGGCCAAGCAAGCAGAUGCCGACUCUAAAUUGCCUGCCUAUGCUAAGCUCGUGAUCGGAACUCACAGCGUGAAGACCAAGACGCAGAGCGAUAACCGUGAGUGGGAUCAAGUAUUCGCCUUUGAUAAGGAAGGUCUGAACUCCACCCAUCUUGAGGUCUCUAUAUGGACCGAGGAGAAGAAGGAGAACGAUCAGAUCGUCGAGAACUCUCUCGGGACGGUGUCGUUUGAUUUGCGGGAGGUGCCGAAAAGGGUGCCACCAGACAGUCCCUUAGCUCCUCAGUGGUACACUCUGGAAUCGGAGAAGACGACCGGAAAUGACGUCAUGCUGGCUGUCUGGUUCGGGACCCAGGCUGACGAGGCCUUUCAGGAGGCCUGGCAAUCGGAUUCCGGCGGGCUGGUACCGGAGACCCGAGCCAAAGUCUACCUCUCCCCGAAGCUGUGGUACUUGAGGUUAACGGUUAUCCAAACCCAGGAUCUCCAGCUAGGUUCGGGAUCCGAGCCUAAGGUCAGGAGUCCUGAGCUGUACGUUAAAGGUCAACUUGGUCCGCAGCUUUUCAAGACGGGUCGGACCAGUGCCUGGUCGUCUCCCUCCAACUCGGCUAACCCGACUUGGAACGAGGAUCUAGUGUUCGUGGCGGCUGAGCCAUUCGAGCCAUUCUUGGUGGUCACAGUGGAGGAUGUUACGAACGGGAAGCCGGUGGGCCAUGCUAGGAUACACGUCCCCAGCAUCGAGAGGAGAACGGACGACCGAGCUGAACCGAAAUCUAGGUGGUUCAAUAUGGCCGGACCGGAUGAGAGCAAGCCCUAUGCGGGAAGGAUCCACGUGAGGGUGUGCCUAGAGGGCGGCUAUCACGUGCUCGAUGAAGCGGCUCACCUGACAAGUGAUGUUCGAGCCUCAGCUAAGCAGCUCGCCAAGGCCCCGAUCGGCCUGUUGGAAGUGGGAAUUCGUGGGGCCACCAACUUGCUCCCAGUGAAGACCAAGGAUGGGACCCGCGGGACCACGGAUGCUUAUGUCGUGGCCAAGUACGGGCCCAAGUGGGUCCGGACACGGACCAUCCUCGAUCGGUUCAAUCCGAGGUGGAACGAGCAGUACACUUGGGAUGUCUAUGAUCCAUGCACUAUACUCACAAUCGGGGUGUUCGAUAAUGGACGGUACAGGCGUGAUGAAGCAGGUAAGCCCGGGAGAGAUGUCCGGGUCGGGAAAGUACGGAUCCGCCUAUCGACCCUCGACACAAACCGGGUGUACAUGAAUUCCUAUUCCCUCACUGUCCUGCAUUCUGGUGGGGCCAAGAAGAUGGGGGAGGUUGAGAUCGCAGUGAGGUUCUCUUGCUCAUCAUGGCUCAGCUUAAUUCAGGCCUACACCAACCCGAUGCUGCCGAGGAUGCACUAUGUGCGCCCGCUUGGCCCGGCCCAGCAGGACAUACUCCGCCAUACGGCCAUGCGAAUCGUGACCGCCCGGCUCGCCCGUUCUGAACCGCCGCUAGGCCAGGAGGUCGUCCAGUACAUGCUCGACUCUGACAUGCACGUGUGGAGUAUGAGACGGAGCAAGGCCAAUUGGUUCCGGGUAGUGGGCUGCCUGUCCCACGCUGCCACCCUUGCCCGGUGGCUCGAUGGGAUCCGCACGUGGGCCCACCCGCCAACCACCGUCCUGGUCCACGUGCUGCUUGUGGCAAUCGUGCUGUGCCCGCACUUGGUCCUCCCGACCGUGUUCAUGUACGCCUUCCUGAUCCUGGUGCUGAGGUUCCGCUUCCGCCAGCGGGCCCCGCUCAACAUGGACCCGAGGCUGUCCUACGUAGACGUGGUGGGCCCCGACGAGCUGGACGAGGAGUUUGAUGGGUUCCCGACCACACGGUCUCCGGAGGUGGUACGUAUCCGAUACGACAGGCUGCGGGCCCUCGCGGGCCGAGCUCAGACGCUGCUAGGCGACGUGGCGGCCCAGGGGGAGCGCCUGGAGGCGCUGUUCAACUGGCGGGACCCACGGGCCACGGGCAUCUUCGUGAUGGUCUGCCUAUUCGCCUCGUUCCUCUUCUAUGCGGUGCCGUUCAAGGCGUUCGUGCUGGGUUCGGGGUUCUACUACCUGCGGCACCCGAGGUUCCGGGACGACAUGCCGUCGGUGCCGGUCAACUUCUUCCGGCGGCUGCCAUCUCUCUCCGACCAAAUUCUGUAGACGUGACGUGGCCGGGCGGAUUAAUCAGUUCUCUGUCAGAGGUGUUUUCAGUCAGCUGACAUUUUGUGAUUUUAUAUUAUUUUGAUUUUAUUUAUUGGAUUUAUUAUCCAUUUAAUUAUUAUUAUUAUUAUUAUUAUGGUGUUUAAUAUUCUUUGAUUUUUUCGGGGGGAAGGAAUAUUUUAACGAAUGGCCUAAGAAAGUGAUUGUUGGGUUAUGCGCUCCAAAGUGGCUGAAGUGACCGUUGUUGUCCGUGGGCCCAUUCCCUCAUUUAAAAGAGUGUGCUUUCGGAGCUUGUGGGGUUGUCUUGGGACCUAUUGGCAAUGGAAGGUCAAUAUUUAUUGCUUCUUUA